CAAAGAAAAAAUGUCUCCGUCUGCAAAAUACUAUUUCCAACUUAUACUUUGUUUUCUCGGAGGCCAUGCUACUAGUGUCGUGUCUUUCUCAUACGGCAUCCUACAAGUGUACUUAUACUCCUAUCUGUACCAAUACAACCCUGCUCUCACAAUGAAACAGAUGCACCUGCAACUCCCCGUUCUAUAUCUAGCAUGCACUAGCUGUGGUUGGUUACAAGGGUACUUGUCCCGCUGGAUCAGCACUAGGAUCCUCCAUUUAGUCAACAUGUUGAGCAUGUGCGGAUGGUGCGUAGUAUUGUUCUGGAUCUGUCAGAAUUUCGUUGCAGCGACGAUAGCCUUGGCUGGAAUUGGUCUGAGUAACGGGAUGCUGCACGUAUACUUCGUAUCUACAUCAGUUAACAAAGCUAAAAGGCACCCCUCGCUGGUGAGUGGGAUUUACGGUAUUUUCCAAGGUACCUCAGGAAUCUGGGGAAAUAUCAUCGGUAGCACAUUCAUGAACCCCUGGUCACUGGAAAAGCAGAACAUAGAAUCUAGUUCACGAGACUAUAUUUUCACCGAUGAAAGAGUUCUUAGUCGAGUCCCGUACAUGUGGUUGAUAUUGGCUGCAAUACUAUUCAUCCUGCUCCUCCCUGGUUUGAUAUUCAUUGAUAAUGAUGUCACAGAGGACUAUUUAGCAGUGGAACUACAAGUACAAGAAAAUUCUCCUUUAAGGGAAACGAACAAAGAAAAUUUGAGUACAGAAAAUUGUUUGAAUGAAAAAGACCGCGUUUCAAAGCCUAUCCUAGGAACUCUGAUGUUCCUAACUGCUAUCACGAUAGGAAUAAACCACCUAUGCGUGUUUGACCUCUUCAAAGAUUUCGCUCUAAAACUGAAACAGUACGACAACAGCGACAUGUUCCUUAACAAUUUCGGUGUUGCGCUAGUGAUAGCAGGAGCAGCAGGAAGGUUGGUGUGGGGAUUUGCAGGAGAUCACGUUCCAACGUGGUUACUACUCGUAGUGGGAAACGGAGCUUCAGCAGUCCUCCAGAUCCUGAUGUACUACGGUCGGAGGGAUAAGAUCUGGUACCUGAUUGUGUGCACCCUCCUCGCCACUACAACUGGAAUGAUGAGCAUCAUGCCUUCUAUUAUCAAGCGACACAUUGGACAAGAGAACUUGGCACGGAAUUUUGGGCUACUGUUGGUUGGAGAGACACUGGGUACUGUUUGGUACCUGGUGUUUGUGACCCUGGUAGGAAACAUUCCGGACCUGACUAUGGUUUGGGCUCUGUCAGUUCCCGCUCUGUUAUCCCUGGUCGGUGAUAUCAUCAUGAUAGGGAAAUACUAGCCACUACCAAAUUAGGCGCUAUAUUGGUAUUAAUAUGGUACGAAAGUUCAAAGAUAUUUUACACGGUUUUCUCUGCCCAAAACAACUGCGUUUCAGGCAGGGUAAAUCCCGAGCCACGAUGUGAGAUAAGAUAACUGCGCUGAACAAAUAUCUGGGUUCUGUAUCUGAUCUGAUUUGUUAUACGUCAUAUGACAGGUGUUUGCAGCACAGAUAAUGUGCAAGGUUUUUCUAAAUUUUUUAGCUGUUAUACACCAGGCCUAGAGAAGAGUUUUUUAUAGUCUUCUCUCCAUUGUAAUUGUAUGACAUGGUAAUACAUUUUCUUUUGUUGAAUCUUCACAAUUUCUGAUAUUUAUGUUCUUGCAGUAACAG